AUGAAACUAGUACAGGAAGUGAAGGCUGCUUCCAAAGAUAUUAAAUUACUAUGGCUCUCUGUUUUCUUAAGGUUGCUGUCGUUCGGUCUCUCCAACCAAGUUCUCACCCUAUUCCUAAGAGACAUACACUUGAAAGAGGAUAAAAUUGGUCUAUUCAUGUCAUUAACAUUGGUCGGGGACGUCCUCUGCUCUUACGUCCUAACGUGGUACGCUGACUCUUGGGGUAGAAGAAGGGUGCUAGUCUAUGGGUCCAUUAUGAUGCUUUUGAGUGGUCUAGUGUUUAGUUAUUCAGAAAAUUUCCAUAUACUAUUGUUAUUCGCUAUCAUGGGAGUCAUUUCUCCCUCAAGUGAUGAGGUCGGACCCUUUAGAUCCAUUGAAGAAUCCAUGAUUGCACAUUUAUCACCAAUGAAUAAGAGGCCUGAAAUAUUUGCCAUGCAUCAACUUGUUGGAGCAGUAGGAAGUGCAUUUGGUGCCCUACUCUGUGGGGCCUUUAUAGACCUUAUCAAAAGAUGGCAAUGGGCCACUACAGAUUUACAAGCAUAUAAAUUGGUUUUUCUAUUAUAUGCAUUCGUUGCAUUUGGCAAAGUCAUCGUCAUGCUUUCCUUAUCUGAAAAGACAGAAUUGGACGCUCAUUAUCAUGAUCAUAUACCAGAUGAAACACUGCCAGAAGCCAUUGUUAAUGAUGAAAUGGUUCCAUUAAUGGAACAAGCUAGUCAUCCGGAUCAAAGAUCGAAUAAAUUAUCAAGGGAAACAGUAUCUAUCUUGGUGAAACUAUUGGUUAUUUUUAUGACUGAUUCAUUGGGUGCAGGUUUCAUGACAAGUAGUUGGAUGGUUUAUUAUUAUAAAAAUACAUAUGCAAUGACUGCCUUCGCUCUAGGGGCACUUUUCUUUGCCGCUCAGUUCGUUAUGGCGUCAUCUAGUAUCCCAUCUUCCAUCAUUGCCAGAAAGUUUGGCCCCGUGAGAGCCACUUUAUUAGUACAAGUUCCCUCAGCAAUCUUCGAGAUUUUGAUCCCAUUUGUGGAGGGCCAUCUUUCUACAUCAAUCCUACUGUUAAAUCUUCAUUUCUUUACCGCUGCCAUGGAUGUCACACCAAGACAAAUCUUAUUGACGAAUAUAAUUAAACCCAAGGAUUUAACUAAAGUAAUGGGGAUUGUUAACAUUGGGAAGACAAUAUCACGUUGCGUUGGACCCAUUUUUACAGGUAUCUUGGCCAAGAGGAAUUAUUUAUGGGUAUGUUAUGUCAUUAGUGGUUGUCUUGUUAUCACUGCCGAUUCCAUCCUUGCGUGCUCUUUCUUAUCAUUGGAUAAGAAGAUCUUAAACCAAAUCAACAAUUAA